AUGAAGACAUUUUUUAGAGUUUCCUUAAUAACUUUGUUUGCUGUUUUUUGCAAACCCGAAGACCAGUGUGAAUGUCCUCCAGGAGAUAUCCUCGAAAGCUUAACUAAUAUUUUGGAAUCUCGAAAUGCGUGGGACUUUCUCAAAACUACAGACAGAUUAUACCUGCUGUAUCUUCCAUAUUGGUAUAAACUUAAUGGAAAACAGUGCGUUACCAGUGAAUUCUCAUCUGCCUCUUUUCCAACCAUUAUUCGCACGAUAAGUUACAUAAAUUCCUUAGCGAGAACUCCCAAAAGCGAAACUAAAACAGUAACGUUAACCAUGGAAGAAACACAACACAAACCCCGAAGAUCGACGUAUUUUACCACCAAUAAUUUCCCCCAGCUUGAUAACAAAUUUCCAAUUUACUAUUACGACUCGAAGUGCCUAAUAUAUAAAAUGACGGAACGCUUAACUGAUGGACGAAAAGGAUGUGCUCUCUGGGUAAGGGACAACGACAAGGACAAGGAGCUGACCUUCUGCAAAUUCAUUUACAAAAUUUUUUGUACAGUGAACCCCCUAGUCGUAUAUAAAAAACAGGCAUGUGAUGAACUUGUGCCAAAAAACACGAAACUUACAAAAAAUUAA